ACCUUGCGCAGAUCUGGCCACACUAGACUAAUGCAAAAGCAUUUUUGCUGGAGUCUACCAUUUUAUUUUAGUUAAUAAAAUACAUAUAUUUCCUCUCUUUUUGUUCCGUUUGUGCGCGUACGAAUUAGCUGCAAAGGCCUCGCGUCCGACGUGCAAUAUUUAUCGAACUGAGAAGUGCCCGCAAGAGUGGAAGGAAAAAGCGAAAAGAAAAGAAAACGGAUCUGCGACGAAAUUUUCCCCGUUCCGUUUUUUUUUUCUCCACCAGCAGAAGCAGCAGCAGAGGCAAAAGCAGCGCAGCCGAGAGCAAAAGCAGCGAAUAUAUUUGUAAAAAAGAGCCCCAACCUUGAGAAAAAACACCCAGCAGGGCAGUAAUUUGUUCGUUUUCUCGUCUGCGGUAUUUCAAGUGAUCCCGCACAACUGCUUUUAACGAGAAGCCCCUAGGUGGAGGAGCAGCUAGCCAAGAUGGACAAGAUGCGGAUAUUGAAGGAAAGUCGCCCCGAGAUAAUCGUCGGUGGCAAAUAUCGGGUGAUCAGAAAGAUAGGAAGCGGCUCGUUCGGCGACAUUUACCUGGGCAUGAGCAUCCAGAGCGGCGAGGAGGUGGCCAUCAAGAUGGAGAGUGCCCACGCCCGUCAUCCGCAGCUGCUGUACGAGGCCAAGCUGUACCGCAUCUUGAGCGGCGGCGUGGGCUUCCCCCGCAUCCGUCACCACGGCAAGGAGAAGAACUUCAACACCCUGGUCAUGGACCUGCUGGGACCCUCGCUCGAGGACCUGUUCAACUUCUGCACGCGCCACUUCACCAUCAAGACAGUGCUGAUGCUGGUCGACCAGAUGAUCGGUCGCUUGGAGUACAUCCAUCUGAAGUGCUUCAUCCAUCGUGACAUUAAGCCGGACAACUUCCUCAUGGGCAUUGGUCGGCACUGCAAUAAGCUCUUCCUGAUCGACUUCGGGCUGGCCAAGAAGUUCCGCGAUCCGCACACGCGUCAUCACAUCCUGUACCGCGAGGACAAGAACCUUACCGGCACCGCCCGCUACGCGUCGAUCAAUGCCCAUUUGGGCAUCGAACAGUCGCGCCGGGACGACAUGGAGUCACUCGGCUACGUGAUGAUGUACUUCAAUCGCGGCGUUCUGCCCUGGCAGGGCAUGAAGGCCAACACCAAGCAGCAGAAGUACGAGAAGAUCUCCGAGAAGAAGAUGUCCACGCCCAUCGAGGUCCUCUGCAAGGGCUCGCCGGCCGAGUUCUCCAUGUAUCUGAACUAUUGUCGUAGCCUGCGCUUCGAGGAGCAGCCGGACUACAUGUACCUACGUCAAUUGUUCCGCAUACUGUUCAGGACGCUGAACCAUCAGUAUGACUACAUCUACGACUGGACAAUGCUGAAGCAGAAGACCCACCAGGGUCAGCCCAAUCCAGCUAUACUCUUGGAGCAAUUGGACAAGGACAAGGAGAAGCAGAACGGCAAGCCCCUGAUCGCGGACUAAAAGCUGGGGAUUGGCUUUGAAGCGAGGUUGAAGAGGAUUGGGGGAGUGCAUCAGAAGAGGAGGAGAACGGAGGCCGUCGCGGACGCAGACGUGGACGUGGAUGUGGAUGUGGGCGAAAGGCCAGGAAAAGAGCGGAGAAAAUACGGAGGAGCAGAAACAGCCGGAGCAGAAGGAUUCAGCAUCGCUAGCAGCGAGCGUUAGGAUGUUUCUUAAUAUUAAUUUAAAUUCAAUACUAAACAAAUAAGGAACAACAGCAAAGCAAAAGCAAAAGCAAAAGCAAAGGCAACAGCAACAGCGCAGACAAGCAAACAAGCAAACAACACAUUAUAAUAAUAUAAAAUGAUACCCCAGCAAAUGUGAUUCACAAGUGAAUCACUGCGAUCGAUAGCAACACACACAAAUUAUAAGAAACCAAUUCGAUUCAAAUCAAAUCAAUUCGCAAUCCAAACACACUCACUCUCAUACACAACUCACACUCACCCACAACACAUCCAAUCCACUCUCAUACACCCACUCAAAACAAGCAAACAUCAUUGCCCAAACGAAAAAAAAAAGAGAAGAAAAAGAAAGAAAUCAACACUUAGCCUAAUAAAUUACAAGAAAUAAUAAUGGUAAUGUUGGAGGAGCAAAGAGAAGUAAUGCUGAGGAAAACUAAACCUAUAUAUAUGUAUAUGUAUAUAUAUAAGCGAAUAAACACCAUAUAUGUAUGCAUAUAUCCCAUUCGAUUCACGUCAAAUCGAAUCCAAUGCUUAAUUAUGAAUCGAGCGAAGCAAAACUCAAUAACUAAUUAAAAUGGAAUAAAUAAGAAACACAAAAACAAGAAUAAACAAUAAAAAAAAAUUAAUAAAA